UUUUUUUUUAAUCGGUGUCAAGUAAGGAUGAAGCCAGGUCAGUCGGCCCAUCGUGAAGAAUUCAACACGAAUUAACCACGAUGGUUUCGAGGGGCAACCACGUGAAAGUCGACCCGAUACGGUAUAUUGCUAGCAAUGCGGCUGUUAUUACCCAUUACUAAUGAUAGGGUAUAUAGCUAGCAAUGGGGCAGUUAGACCCCAUUACUAACAGUCCCUUUCCCCCUAUAGGCGACGGUUAAAAUUUUUUAUCAGGUGAGCCGUCAGCUUGUUUGCCAUUAAAGUUGUAUAAAAAUUUUUUUUUAUUUUUAUUAAAGUAUUGACAGUUUUAAUACAGGAUUCAUUCUUAACAUAUUAAUCACCUUAAUAUCUUUACAGAUGCGACAGAAAUGAUGUUCCAAGAGAUAGCAUUCAAAGCGGAGCUGGACCGCCACAACGACCCUGAGUCCGAGGAGGAGGCGAGGAUACUAUGCGACGAGCACCCCGCCACCAGGCAGAGGAACAUCGACGAGCUGCGAAACAUGAUUUAUGAACGCGGCGAGUGCUGCCCCCCACGGACUGAUGAUGCAUUCUUACUCCGGUUCCUGAGGGCGCGCCGCUCUGUGCCUGCGCGAGCGCACAGGCUGUUAGUCCGCUACUGCAAUUUCCGGGAACAGAACCCGCAACUGUGGCGCGACCAGGAUUGGUUCAGAUUCAGUCGACUGGGCAACGUCUUCGAGGGCGUACUAUUCGACCGACCCGAUGUUGGUAGACUAAUUAUUUGCAGACUCGGUUUAUGGGACCCGGAUCAGUUACCAGCAGAAGAUCUCAUCAGUGCCUGUCUAUUACUCCUCGAAGUGGGCAUCAUGCAGCCCAAACUUCAGAUCUUGGGUGGUACAGCGUUGGUAGACUGCAAAGGGAUCACCAUGCAUCAUAUAAGGCAUAUCACGCCGUCUAUAGUGUUACAAGCCAUUAAUGUUAUGGGGUUCGCGUUUCCCCUCCACCAGCGCGGGGUGCACGUCAUCAACUGCUCCAGAGUAUUCGAGACUUUAUUUCACUUCUUCAAGCGACUGGCGCCAGCUGACGAUCUAUGGAAAAGGGUCUACUUCCAUGGCUAUAAUUGUAACUCGUUACAAAGGUACAUACAUCCCGAUUGUCUUCCGAAGAGGUACGGUGGUGUCCGGGACGAGGUCUCUUUAGAACUAUGGCUCACUAAGAUCAAACAGUACAAGAACAAGGAGUUUGAUACCGAUAUGAGAACCCUGGGUUACUCCGUCGAUUGACACUUAGUCAUUAUUGUUUAUGGCACGGUUUAAAAAGGUUUAUUGGGCAGAAUUGGUAAUGUCUUUAUUAUUUGUAAGAAGUCCUAUAUUAGAAAGAAAGAAAAUAAUAUUUAUUAAUUGCUUAAUUUCCCAUUUAAUAUAUUUUUUUUAUUAUUUUGUUUAUUUAUAAAUAUCAAAAAUAUUUAUUAAUAAACAAAAUAGAAAAUCACUGAAAUUACUACAGUUAAUUAUAUCCUACAUUAAACAAUCCUUCUUACUAAAUUUAAAUACAAAUCAUGUAGACAUAUUCAAAGAGAUUUGUUUAUAAGCACUUUUAAAUCGUAUUUUUUUUUAUGAAAAUUAUACUGUACUUAUUUUACAUUGAAAUUUAAUAAAGUUAAUUUUUUAAAGUAGCUUAUAGCCGUUAAUUCGUACACGUGCAUUUCAACCGUGAAGCAGUUGUGUAUCCAUGGCUGUGUUUCGGUUUGAAGGGUGGGAUAUGGCGUGAAUUUACUGGGUACAGAGGAAUAACACCUGAGUCCUCAGGAAUGGCAACGCACGAGGGGUAUCAUGGGCGAAACAUUAUACUCUGUUAUGUCCAUGCUACUGCUCAUGUCUAUAGGCGACGGUUACCACUUUCCAUCAGGUGGGCCGUCAGCUUGUUUGCCAUUCUAAGUUGUAUAAAAAAAAAACUCAAUUAAAUGGACCACAAAACACAUGCA